AUGAUGCCAGGGCUGAGAACUGGAUGUAGGGAUGGCAAGGGCGUGGCGCAGGGCGCGGUACACGCGUUGACUGAGAGAAUUACUGAGGGUGUGGCUGAGACCGUGAAUGAAGGCCUUGCUGACUCCUUGCUUGAGGGAGAGGCGCACGGCAUGCAACUGGACCUGAUGAUGUUCGACUCGAACAACUGGAAGCCCGACGCGACGCAGUCCAGCUACGCGCUGUCGCUGCCGGUGCCCGUGCCGGCUGGGACGUUCCUGUUGGACGUGCCGGGCUUCGACUACGACAUGACCGGGCGCGGCGUGGAGGUGUCGGUGGAGGUGGACAACGCGCAGUACCAAGGCCUCUUCAGCGCGCGCGCCUCCGCCGUCGUCAACCGCGGCUUCACCGUCACUCUGAGCAGCGCCAUGGAGAUACGCGUCAAGGAGCCCGUCGCCUUCACGUUGCGCAUCAAG